AGUGUCGAGGGUUGUGUCGGUUUCAUCGCUGGGAGGCUAGAACUAGCGGAAUUAUGGCUGCGCUGAAUUAAACCUUCCCAAGUCCUUUGCUGCCGAGAACAUCUUAGACAAGCAACAAAGAAAAAAAAAGAUUUGGGAAGACUUGUAGCAACCUUUCAAAGAGGAAAUUUUGAAAAACAGUAUUUGAGGGGAAAAAGUUUGCAGACGUUGAAAAAGUUUUGGAACAACUUUGUAAAGUUCCUUAAAAGAAGCCUUUUGGGGAAAAAGUUUGAAAAUUGUUUGGAUAGUGUGCAGCAGACAUGGCUGUUUAUACCUUGACUAGUUUUUCCUUGUUAAGUCUGUUGUCGUUCGGAUAUUUGUCUUGGGAGUGGAUGAAACCUGAGCCGAGCGGGAAGAAGGCGACAGGGGUGGACGGCUCCGCGGGCAAGCCCCACAUCAUCUUCAUCCUGGCGGAUGACCAAGGCUUUCACGACAUAGGGUACCACAACCCGGAGAUCCACACCCCUACGAUGGACAGGCUGGCGGCGAAAGGGGUUAAACUGGAGAACUAUUACAUCCAACCCAUCUGUACCCCUUCCAGGAGUCAGCUGAUAACGGGAAGGUACCAGAUACACACGGGCCUCCAGCACUCCAUCAUUCGGCCUAGACAGCCGAACUGCCUGCCCCUGGACCAGGUAACGCUGCCCCAGAAACUGCAGGAGGUGGGCUACUCCACGCACAUGGUCGGCAAGUGGCACCUAGGCUUCUAUAAGAAGGAAUGCCUGCCCACCAGGAGGGGCUUUGACACGUUCUUUGGCACUCUGACGGGCAGCACGGACUACUACACGUAUGACAACUGCGACGGCCCCGGGGUGUGCGGCUUUGACCUGCACGAUGGUGAGAACGUGGCCUGGGAGUACAGUGGCAAGUACUCCACCACCCUCUACGCCCAGAAGGUGGCCAAGAUCCUGGCGUCGCGGAGCCCUGCCGAGCCCAUCUUCAUCUACGUGGCCUUUCAGGCCGUCCACACGCCCCUGCAGUCGCCCAAGGAGUACAUCUACCAGUACCGUUCCUACGGCAACGUGGCACGCCGCAAGUAUGCCGCCAUGGUCACCUGCUUGGACGAGGCUGUCAGAAACAUCACCCUGGCCCUCAAGCGGUACGGUUACUAUGACAACAGCAUACUCAUCUACUCGACGGACAACGGGGCCCAGCCCUUCACAGGGGGCAGCAACUGGCCGCUGCGGGGCCGUAAGGGGACGUACUGGGAGGGGGGCAUCCGAGGGGUAGGCUUCGUCCACAGCCCCCUGAUCGAGAAGAAAGGGAGGGUGAGCAGGUCGCUGGCCCACAUCACCGACUGGUACCCCACCCUGGUCUCGUUGGCGGGCGGUAAUCUGAGUGGGGUGAGUCCUCCCCUGGACGGGCACAACCUCUGGCCCACCAUUAGCAGGGGCAAGAAGUCUCCUCGGAGAGAGAUAUUGCACAACAUCGACCCCCUGCACACCCCGGCUAGGUCCGGCUCCUGGGAAGAGGGGCAGGGCCUCUGGAAUACUGCAAUCCAGGCUGCCAUCCGGCAAGGAGACUGGAAGCUGCUGACAGGAGACCCUGGCUACGGGGACUGGAUACCCCCUCAGACUCACCCCAGCCUGCCCGGCACUUGGUGGAACCUGGAGCGGCAGAGGAUGGGGCACCGGCAGACCGUCUGGCUCUUCAACAUCACGGCCGACCCCUACGAGAGGGAGGAAGUGUCUGCCCGCCACCCCGCCGUGGUCCGCAGGUUGCUGGCUCGCCUGGCCCACUACCACAGGACUUCGCUCCCUGUGCGCUACCCAGCCGACGACCCCCGGGCUAACCCUGAGCUCCACGGCGGUGCCUGGAUGCCCUGGGCUGGGGAGGACGAGGGGGAGCCGCAGGGAGACGCGGUCAGCAGAGCGGGAAAGAAGAAGCGGAAGUCGUGCAAGAUUUGCAAGCUGAAGUCUUUCUUCAAGAAGCUCAACAGGAGGAUAAUGUCGAAUCGGAUCUAGGGAGGGCUGUGGUCUGUAGACCAUGGGCCCAGAGGCAGCAUGAACUGUGAACCAUGCCUGGAUGUACCAGCACACAGACAUUAGCAACAUCUGCCUCCCCUACUCCUGAGACCCUCUGAAGCCCCUUCUAAAUCUGAGUCCCUUAUGCACUCAGAGACCAUUUUACUAGGUAUACUGCUGGUUAACAUAAAUCUGUAAUUGGCCAAUCUUGUGGCAGAAACUGAAUGCAUAAAAGCAUGCAGACAUGG